UUUCUGUACGGUCCGGACUCGAAAUGUGUCGUCAGAAGAGGUUCUCCGUCGCACCGGACCUGUCCGACCUCAACCUCUGCCUUUGCUCGCUUCGCUUGUCGUCUUCGUCUUCGUCUUCGUCUCUCUCCACUCGGCAAAACCCUCUCUCUCCCUCUCCCUCUCUCUCGCUAGACAAUGUCUCUCUCCUCCAUUUCUCUGAGGUCCGCCGCAUUUAGCCCACUCCCGUCCGAGCUCGACGAUCGCGGUUUUGCGACAGCGAGACUCUCUUCGAGCUUCCGAUUCAACGAGAGAGUGAACUCGGUGGGCAAGCGACUGGUGUCCCAGGCGAGGAAGUCGGAAUUGAGGUGUUGUAAAGAUAGGGACAUGGACGUGAGCGCUUCGGCCGUCGUCGAUGGCAUCGCUGAGUGCUCUAACGAAAUUCAAGUUAAGGAGCCUGGUAUAUCGACGCUGUUGAUGAAUUUUGAGAAUAAGUUCGAUCCUUACGGUGCUAUUAGCACGCCGAUUUACCAAACAGCUACAUUUAAGCAACCUUCAGCCACAGAAAAUGGUCCCUAUGAUUACACCAGGAGUGGAAAUCCCACGCGGGAUGCACUAGAGAGCCUCCUCGCAAAGCUGGACAAAGCUGAUCGAGCAUUUUGCUUCACUAGCGGAAUGGCUGCUUUGGCGGCCGUUACUCAUCUUGUUUCAAAUGGUGAGGAAAUUGUUGCUGGAGACGACCUUUAUGGUGGUUCUGAUCGUCUGUUGUCCCAAGUAACUCCAAAAUCUGGAGUUGUGGUGAAGCGGGUAAAUACAAGUGAUCUACAGGAGGUUGCAUCUGCUGUUGGUCCCUCUACCAAGCUUGUGUGGUUAGAAAGUCCCACCAAUCCACGGCAACAAAUUUCAGAUAUACGAAAAAUAGCGGAGAUAGCUCAUGCACGCGGUGCCCUUGUAUUGGUGGAUAAUAGUAUCAUGUCACCUGUAUUAUCACAACCGCUGGAACUGGGAGCAGAUAUUGUCAUGCAUUCUGCGACUAAAUUCAUAUCUGGGCAUAGUGAUGUCAUGGCGGGUGUGCUUGCGGUGAAAGGGGAAAGCUUGGCAAAACAGAUAUAUUUCCUCCAAAACGCAGAAGGUUCUGGUCUAGCUCCAUUUGACUGCUGGAUCUGCUUGCGAGGUAUUAAGACCAUGGCUUUACGGAUUGAGAAGCAACAGGAGAAUGCACAGAAAAUAGCUGAGUUUCUAUCAGCCCAUCCCCUAGUGAAGAAUGUCUGCUAUGCUGGUCUCCCUGGUCAUCCUGGGCGUGCCUUGCACUACACUCAGGCUAAGGGUGCUGGAUCUGUGCUUAGCUUUUUAACGGGGUCAGUGGCGCUGUCAAAGCAUAUUGUUGAGACCACCAAGUACUUCAGUACAACUGUUAGUUUUGGGAGUGUGAAGUCCCUCAUCAGCAUGCCAUGCUUUAUGUCCCAUGCAAGCAUACCAGCAGCGGUCCGCGAAGCUCGGGGCCUGACGGAGGAUCUCAUUCGUAUAUCCGUUGGAAUCGAGGACGUGACUGAUCUGAUAUCUGAUUUGGACACUGCUCUUAGGACUGGACCGUCUUAGUUCCUUGCCCCAAAUUGGGAGACCUCGUAAGUGCUUUGCCUUGUCUUAGCUUCUAUUAAUAGUGUAACUUCUCCGGAAAUGAUGUUAAAAGUGAUGGUUCUGCUCCCCAGUGAUUUUCAGUUUGGCUGUUUGCUCUCUCUACGACAAAGAAAAUGAGUCUAGCCACAAGUACGAGAGCGAGAAGGAUUCGUC